AUGGAGAGCGGAAAACCCAUUGGAUCUGUCACAGUUCUCAUAGGAUCUCUGUCUCUGAGUAAAGGCACUCAGCGUGUUGGCAUCCUCAGUUACGAGUAUCCUAAAACAUUCAACGUAAAGACUAAAGAAGACGACAUCAUGCUCAUUAAGUUAAGUAAAAAAGUGAAAUCAAAACCUAAAAAAAUCCCUAAAAAGGGACAAGACAUUCCACCUGGAACAAAAUGUGUUGUAACAGGUUGGGGAACUACUAAUUCUAACGACAUAAAACCUUCUGAUAAACUACAAAUGUUAGAGUUGACAGUGGUGGACAGGGACCUGUGCAACUGCUACUACAAAAGUGAUCCUGUGAUCACCAAAGACAUGAUGUGUGCAGGAAGCAAGCAAGAAAAUAAAGGCAUCUGUUGGGGGGAUUCCGGUGGACCUCUGGAAUGUAAGAAAAACAUAGUUGGAGUAGUAUCAGGGACAAAAGAAUGUGGUAAUCCCAAAAAACCAACUGUGUUCACUUUUCUCUCCCCAAAACACAUCCACUGGAUCAAUACCAUACUGAAAAAGCAAUUCAACAGCACAACCUUUUAAGAAGCUAAACAUUUCAAGCAUGCAUACUGUUAGUUUAGAUUGCUGUAACAAAAAAAAAUAUGCUUUUGGAAUUAACAUUAAAUAUAUAUUCACAAAGCAAAAUUUUUUUA